AUGGACAAAAAAGAUGCCGAUAACAGAAUUCAACCCAUUGACAUCGAUCGUGGAUUCAUCGUGAACACAGAUCUCGAGCGUCGAAUUCUACGAAAGUGUGACUUCAAACUUCUGCCGCCCCUCAUGGUCCUUCUCAUUGUUACGUACAUUGAUCGGACGAACAUUGCCAAUGCCAAAAUCGAAGGCAUGACGACAGAAUUGAACAUGAAGCAUAAUGACUACAACAUAUCUUUGUGGAUUCUAAACAUCCCAUAUAUUUGUCUCGCGCUGCCAAGUAACAUGCUCAUGAAGACGGGGUUCGCCAGACCAGCUAUUUACUUGUCUGGCCUGAUGUUUUGUUGGUCAUUGUGUACCAUUGGCUUGGGACUCACUAGAUCUUACAAAGGCGUACUUGUGUGUCGAUUCUUGAUGGGUUGCUUUGAGGCUGGUUUUAUCCCUGGGUGCGCAUAUCUGAUUGGCAGGUACUAUAAACGGCGAGAUUUCACAGUCAGGUAUGCACUGUUCUUCAGCGCGAUAGGCUUAGCUGGAGCAUUCGGCGGGCUUCUCGCAUACGCAAUCGGACAUAUGAAAGGAGUUGGAGGAUUCUCGAGCUGGCGGUGGAUCUUCCUCAUUGAGGGCUUCAUGACUGUUGUCGCAACCGGCAUUGGGAUUUUCUGCAUCCCUGACUACCCUGAGAAUUCGAUUUUCUUGGAAGCAGACGAGAAAGGGUAUUUGCUUGAUAUGCUCAGGAUCGAUGCCGGCCCCUCUCGGCCCGACCACUACAAUCCACUCGUUAUGAAGGAAUGUCUCUUUGAUCCAAAGAUCUGGCUUGCAAUGCUCUGUUACUUCGCUGCUGAUACAUCGGCAUCAUCAAUCGUCUCCUUCCAACCCACUAUCCUCAAAGGACUCGGCUAUUCUAGUGCGCAAGCCCAAGUCCACACGAUACCAGUCUACCUCGUCGCUUUGGUUCUCUCGUUAAUUACAUCUUAUUGCUCCGGAAAACUGCGGAAUCGAUAUGGCUUCCUGGUCCUCGGAUCCGUGCUUGGAAUUGCCGGCUGGAAAAUUGAGCUCGCGGUCCCCAUCCGUUGGAUCGGCGCUCGUUACUUCGGUCUAUUUGCCAUCACAGCUUGCGCGUACAUCCAAAUGCCAAUCCUAGUGGUAUGGCUGUCGAACAACAUGGGCGGUAAUGCCAAAGCUGCGUUUGCGACGGGAUUCAUGAUCGGGCUUGGGAACUACGGAAAUCUGAUAUCGAGUAAUGUCUUCAUCACAGAACAGACUCCUAGAUUCCAGACAGGAUUUGGUGCUGGUCUUGCUGUAACUGUUGUUGGUCUUGCAUCUUCGACGAUCAUGGAGAUUGUCAUGUUUGUGAAGAAUAGAAGGAGAGCUGCGGGGAAAGAGGACAGGAAACUUGAUGCUGCUCAUGAGAUUUUGGGAGACCUUGGAGACGACCAUCCGGAUUUUAGAUAUUUUCUCUGA